AUGAAAAGAUAUGAGCGAGAUCGAAGUCCCACUCCUGAUCCUGACAUUGUGAAGGGUUCAUACUCCCAAACGUCGCUUAGGUCGCUACAUGAACUGAAUUAUAGAAACCCUGCCGGCACAAGUGGUCUUGGCUUUGCAGGAAGUCCACAACAAUCAGUGGCAUCCUUAUCGCAAAUGCGGCUCGAAAAUUUGACUAAGGACAAACAUUGGGAGGAAGUGGAGGACUUUGGACUGGAAGAGCUAAGAGAUGGGUUUUUUGAUGCUGCUUUUACCAAGCCAGAUAGCAAAGCUAGGUCUCCUAACAGCGAUAUCGAUGACGAGAAUGGCGCCGCAAAGAAAAAAUUGCAAUCUACUUUUACCAAGUUUUCCCAAUAUAUCUGGACUGUUAUCUACAGGCCUGUCGUUCAUUUCCCUAGAGAUAUUAGAAAAAAUGGUGUAUCCAUAUUCAAGUUUUUCAUUGCCUAUUUCAUUGCUAUCGUGAUUUGCGUUAUCAGGCCUUCUGGUAAGUGGGUUGGCCAUGAAUUCAGGUAUUUCCUACCCAUCGCAGUGCUUAUACAUCAUCCAGUUAGAAAUAUUGGUGUUCAACUGGAGAUGACUGCAAGCUCCAUAAUCGGCGCAAGUUUUGGCCUUGGAUGGUCGGCUUUGGCCUGGUACGUUUCCACAGCGACAAAGCCAACCGCAAACUACCAGGGAGGUAUUCUAUUUCAAAGUCUCACCAUGGCCCUCUUAUUUGCCAUUUGGCUAAGGUCUGUUUAUCGUCGAUUCUUUUAUGUCACAACUUCGUUUUCCAUGUCAAUUAUAUUCACCCAUACGGUUCGGUUAGCCUCAUCUAAGGAUGAUUUGAAAUGGCAAAUUUUUUGGGAUUUUGGAAUUUCCUACCUCUUCGGCCUUUUACUAUCCCUCCUGGUUUGCGUAUGUGUAUCACCACAUAGUGGUAAUGCCGAAUUAAUGGAACAUUAUAACGAGUGUUUACAGACCGCAAAAGCCUUUUUGAUGGCACUAGUAGAUACUGAGUUGAUAAACUCCAAAGAGCAAAUAUACCUGGCCCAGGUAAAAAUGGUGAAAACUCUAAACAUUGAUCUAUCUCAGGGUUUUAGAGAUUUUGUUAACCAGUUAACAAUUUCCAGGUUUGAACUUCAGUCAUUGAAGAGUUUAAGGAAUUCAUUAACUGCCAUGGAAACUUCUUUGAGAGUAUUACCCAUUGCACCUAAAAUUUUUAACGAUGUUGAAUUGAAAAAGAUGUAUGAAGAACUAGAGAAAUAUAGAUCAGACUCCGCUAGUCCGAGCAAAGAAGCGAGCGCUAGUCCUCAAUUCUCGGGCAUUCCAUCAAGAGAAAAUACGCCCAAUGCUUUUAAGCCAAUCGUUCCGGGGCUUCUGAAAAAUGAAAUCUACAUCAAUGCUUUGAAAGCAUCCUUCUCCAAAGGCAUCUUCAACUUAAUAUUAGAGAUGAUCUUCGUUUUGGAAAAUUUAUCAAGAGUACUAAAGAAAUAUGAGUCUCCAAAUCAAAAAAACAAUUUAGAUGAAUGUGCCAAGAUAUUAAGCCGCUCGCAUUCGAAAUUAAAGAGGAAAAUUUACAAAUUAGAUGUCUGUUACAAGGAUUUUGUAAAUUCUAGUUUUUUUUCUCAGGAACUGUUAAAUGAUGAAGAGUCUGUCGAUAUUUUCCUUUUCCUAAGAUAUUUGAGAAAUUCCGCAAGGCAACUAGUAACUGUUAUCCAUGAUUGCCAAAUUUUGGGCGAAAAUAUUCACUGGAGAAUUGCUCUCCCAUCGUAUCCACUAUCUCGUGCUCUGACAAGGUUGCCCAAACAAUGUGUUCUCGAUGAAGGUGCAGGAAACGUCCUUCAUUAUUUUGAAGCCAAACGUGAUGUCGAUGAAAUUUUUGAAAGGGUAUAUAAUACUUACACGUCGAGACACAAAUAUAACAAAUGUGAAGAAGAAGCACUGAUGCUCGAUUCAAAAAAUGACGACGGGAAAUCACAGGACCGUAAUAAGCACAUUAUUUCCAUAAGAGCAAUUGAUCAUAAUGACUUCAACUUUCAUACAACUCAGAACCCUUGGAGGUUUAAACUAUGGAAAUUAAGUAGGAUUUUAUCCGGUGAUGAAUGCAAAUGGACCUUAAAAGUUACUUUCUGUAUGAUAUUUUUGUGUUUACCAACUUGGUUACCUGAAUCGUACCACUGGUAUCAAGAAUUCCAUUGUUGGUGGGCCCCACUCACGUUUUACUUAUUAGCUCAUAGGAGAUAUUCCGGUAACUGGGCGUUAGUGAUGAGAAGACUAAUCUGUGGUAUAGUAGGUAUCUUUUGGGGGUGGGCUGCCAACCAAUCCAGACAUUUUGGAAGCCCAUAUGUGAUUUGUACGUUUGCCGGACUGAUUGUGGUCCCGUUCAGCAUCAACUUUCUUGUCUAUAGAAACACCAAAUCGAGCUUCACUGCAUUAAUGUGUUUUACCGUGAUUGCUCUCGAACCAUACAGCAAGCCUGAUAGACAGUAUAAUUUAACCACCGCUGGAAUAUGGAAAUCUACGUGGGUUACAGGCUUGGCACUAAUUAUCGGGAUUUUGGUUUCGAUUCCUAUCAAUUGGAUAGUGUGGCCAUUUAGGGCUAGGACAGAACUAAGGGAUAGUAUGUCAUCUUUACUGGCACAUUUGGGCCAAUCUUACCAAACCGUGGCGGACCGUUACUUAUACAGAGAUGCAGACGACGCACCUACUGAUUUAACUUUCGCAUUCUCUCACAUCCGUGAAGUCAGACUGACUCAGAGUCUUGAAGCAAUCAGAGAACUUUUGAAAAAGGCUCGCCAUGAACCGAUCAUUAUUUCCAACUUCAAUCCGGAGAAGUACGCAGGUCUAAUCGAUUCAUGUCAUUUUUUGUUAUCUAAGAUCAUUGAAGCGAGAAUUUCAGGUGCAUUUUUUGAAAUUUGGGAUCAGGAUUUUGAUAUCGAAACCACGAGAGCCUUACUAUCGCUACGGAGGGAUAGUGUCUCAUCAGUGAUUUUCGUUUUUUACAUUUUAUCCAAUUGUUUCAGAUCAAAAAACAAGAUUCCGCGAUACCUGCCAAAUCCAAUUAUGUCACGUAAAAAACUUUACCACUUCAUAAAGAAAUUCAGUGAAAUGAAGGACCAAUCACAUUCGAAUUUAAACUCGGGAGGCAAUUCUAUGGAGAAGAACCUAUUCAAGAAAAUAUACCAACAGAAGGCAUCGAGUUCAGGGCAACAACAGUUGCCAUUGCCUUCAGUUGCAAACAGCUCUGAAAUAGAUAGUGAAAAAAUGCAUUGGACAGAAGUCCACGGCAUUGCAUUUGCGAGAGCUUUUACGGAUAUUUCUGAAGCCCUGUUCCAGGUAGAGAGCUGUGCAAAGGAUAUACUAGGCGAAGAAAACUUCUAA